ACUGACGUUGACGUGACAUUUAGUAAUUUCCAUGAGCCUAAACUUCCCUGAUAUGGUUCUUCGCACAUGCGCAGACUGUGGCACCAGCAACAUAUGAUUUAAUGGAUAGAUUAGAGUUUAAUAACAGCUUUGUAGUUAAAUACUUUAACCACAAUGUGCCGUGGCCACCUGUGAUUAUGGGGACGUGGAUGGAGCCGUCCAGCGACCACAUUCUCGGCCUUCUGACCCGCACCCUGUGACAUGGCCUGAUAACCUCUUGCAGCAAUUCAACCAGUCACUGAAUAAUAUUCUUGCUUACGUGGACUGAUAUAAUCAUCGCUUCUUCUUUAGUGGUUUGGAUUUCCAGUUUAUUUCGUUUUUUGGCUCCCGCAGCUUCCUCUUGUUCACUCUGUUACUCUGUUUUCUGUCACAGAAGAUCUGCAGUGAAUUCUGUGAAAGACCCAUCGGUUUCACAGCGGGGGUCGUGCAUGAUGUAGAUUGACUUUAGCCAAAGUCACCACGCUGCCCAUCAGCCUCCGUGUCCUUGUCCUCCUAUAUUCGAAUAAUAUUAGAGUUCUUAUUAUUAUGAGGAGGAGAAAAAGUCAAACCUGCUGCUGUAACUCAACCGCUCCAAAAAAAGCCAUUACUGGGCAGAGAGGUCUCAUUACAUCCCCAAGCAGAUGCUUCAUUCUGCUGAGCAAAUGCUGAUCUGCAUCCGACUGCGCAUCAGAGCGACUCAGAGGUCGUAUCACGUCGUCACCCAGGUCAUUUUUCAGACAGCACCUCAUCAGUGAAGCCCGGCCCAGGGUCUAUAUAGGGAGCUGCUGAGUGGUGGACAUCCGCCUCACUCCCGCUCAGUGGUUAUGCAUUAAAACAUCCUCCACAGUGGGUAAAGAUGCUUUUGGCCUCCAGCCACUGCCUCAUCCUCAUCCUCCUCUUGAACUGCGCUAAUGCUGGACGGGUUCUGAGGAGGAUCCAGGAGCGCGCGCGGGACCUCCAGCGGCAGACGGCCGAGCGGCAGCUCGCCGCGCGCGCCGUCGGCGCUCGCCGGCGCCUGAGGCCGGGUCGCAUUCGCCAGCCGCUGGACCACUUCAACCGACAGAGCGCCGGCACCUUCCCUCAGAGGUUCUUUGUGAACGACGCGUACUGGCGGCGUCCUGACGGCCCCGUCUUCCUCUACAUCGGAGGAGAAGGUCCUCUCUACGAGUUUGACGUCCUGGCAGGACACCAUGUUGACAUGGCCGAGGAGCACAGGGCUCUGCUGGUGGCUCUGGAGCACCGUUACUAUGGCGACAGCAUCAACCCAGACGGCCUCAAAACGGAGAACCUGGCAGGCCUGAGCAGCCAGCAGGCACUCGCUGACUUGGCUGAAUUCAGCCAGUACAUCAGCCAAACGUAUAACCUGAGCCACAGAAACACCUGGAUCAGCUUUGGAGGCUCGUACUCUGGAGCUCUGUCCGCCUGGUUCAGAGGAAAGUAUCCCCACCUGGUGUACGGAGCUGUGGCCUCCUCCGCUCCUGUGAAGGCACAGCUGGAUUUCUCCGCCUACAGCAAUGUUGUUGGCGCCAGUCUUGCGAACGAAGCAGUCGGCGGCUCAGAGAAGUGCGUGGCUGCGGUGCGGGGAGCGUUCGCGGCCGUGGAGCGCGUGCUGACGCGCGGCGACGUCCGUCAGCUGGCUGCGGACUUCCGCUGCUGUCAGGUGCCCGACGCUGCCGACGAUCAGGUUGAGCUGAUGCAAAGUCUGGCGGACAUUGUGAUGGGCACGGUGCAGUACAACGAAGAGGGCGUGCUCAUGUCUAUACGAGAGCUGUGCAGCGUUAUGACCAACAGCAGCUCCACGCGUGAUGGACGGACGGAGGCCGACACGUACGGCCGCCUCGUUCAGCUGGCGCAGAUGUACCGCUCCUCCGGCGAAGAAGCCUGUCUGGACGUCUCCAGAGAGAAAGCCGUGAAGGAUCUGAUGAACACUGUCCACUCAAUGAGGAGAGCAGAGAGACAGUGGACCUACCAGACCUGCACCGAGUUUGGCUUCUGUACAAACACACACACACACACACACACACACACACACACACACACACACACACACACACACACACACACACACACACACACACGGGUGUGGGUCUGGUUCUGUGUCGUGAGUCCGUCUCUGUUUGCGUGUGCACGUGUAGAUCAGACUUGUGAGGAGGCCGCCUGUCCGUUCUCCGGGAUGCUGACGCUGCAGAUGGACACGCAGCUCUGUCCUCUGCUGUUCGCCGUUUCCCAGCAUUCCCUCCCCGCUCGCGUCGCCUUCACCAACACACACUACGGAGGCGACAGCCCUCACACACACAGGAUCCUUUACGUCAACGGUGGGAUCGACCCAUGGAAAGCGCUGUCCGUGCUCCCGGACAGGACCGGGGCCCAUGACGGAGCACUGAUCAUUUUCAGCGAGGACACCGCUCACUGUGCUGAUAUGAUGAGCGGCCGGGUGACGGACCGCCGGUCGCUCAGGAAGGCCAGACAGGAGAUCGAGGGACUCGUUUCCACUUGGCUGAAGGCGGCCGCUCAGGAGAAGAUGGAGAAGGGACAAGUCUGAUGGAGUCACUCCGUCCUCGUGUUGCUGGGUGACGUGUCCUCACCUCUGCUCCAUUUGUCUCUGUUCCAAAGCAUUGUGCUCAAUCAGUGUGUUUGCUUUUUACAUUGUUAAUGAUUAUGAUUUUGAUUAUGAUUUUUCUCCUGUCACGAUAUUAUUCAUGCUGGAAAUAGACACAAGAACUCUUUUUAAUCUUUAUUUUCUUUGCUAUAUUUUAUUUGGUCUGGACAAUUAAUUAAGAUUCAAGACUUGUAUUUGUCACUGACAUGUUUGUAGAGCUGCAGCAGUAGUGAACUGAAAAUUGCCUCACAACUUUGCAGUAUUUAAAAAAAGAAAUAUAAUAAAAAUCAAUAGAAAAUAAGUAUGUAGAAAAGACUGUAUGCUGCCCAUGGCAGGUAAUGAGAGCAAUGAACCAGAUUUUAUGGACACACAGGUCAAAUAUGAUAAGAUAUCAUCCAGAGAAGAUGAUGACUUCAUAGUGUCACUAAGGUGCAAUGUUACUGUGUGUGUCUGUCAUCUAUCUAAAAUUAAAACUCACUUUAUACUUUAUACUGCAUUAAUAAAAGACAUAAUGUCCAUGCAUUGUA